CCCGACGCCGCCGAGGAGGAGGCGGAGGCGGCGGCUGGCGAUCCAGUCCUAGCGGGAGCUGGUGGGGCUCUCUCUGCCGGCCGGGGCCACUUUUUCGCAGCUCUUCCGGAGGAGAGGAGGGGUCCGCCCGAAGGGAGCGCCUCCCUGCCCGCCGCCGCCUGCUCUCUUCUGCCCUUUCUUUUCCCGGCUUCCCGCCCAGUCAUUCUCCGGGCAAUCCCUUUCUUUGGAACCGUCCGCUGCCGGGAAUCGAACUCUCCCCCCGGGUGGAUUCCUCGCCCUCCCGAAGCCGGCGACCGCGCAGCCUUGCCGCGCGCCCUCCAGCCGGCCCGGGACCUCUUGACCCGCCGCCGGGAGGAGGAGGAGAGACCGAGGGCGCCCUCUCCCACUAGCCCCGCUGGCCUCCGGAUGGGGCAGGGAUGGCCGCCUUAGCCAGCUCCCUGAUCCGGCAGAAACGGGAGAUCCGCGACCCGGUGGUCAGCCGGCCCGUCGCCGCCCAGCGGAAGGUUUGUCCCCGCGGCACCAAGUCGCUGUGCCAGAAGCAGCUCCUCAUCUUGAUCUCCAAAGUCCGGCUGUGCGGGGGGCGGAAGGGCCGGCUGGAGAAGACGUCCGAACCUCAACUGAAAGGCAUCGUCACCAAACUCUUCUGCAGGCACGGAUAUUACCUCCAAGUCCACCCAGAUGGCAGCAUCGAUGGGACCAGAGAGGACACCAACGGCUACACCCUCUUCAACCUGAUCCCCGUGGGUCUUCGUGUGGUCGCCAUUCAGAGCACCAAAUCAGGGCAGUACAUCGCCAUGAAUGCUGAGGGCUACCUCUAUACCUCUACUCACUUCACCACUGAGUGCCGUUUCAAGGAGUGCGUCUUUGAGAACUAUUACGUCAUGUAUUCCUCCACCCUCUACCGACAGCGGGAGUCGGGGCGCUCGUGGUAUUUGGGCAUCAACAAAGACGGGCAGGUGAUGAAGGGAAACCGAGUCAAGAAGACCAAAGCUGCAGCCCACUUCCUCCCAAAACUACUGGAAGCUGUGAACACCUCCAACAUCGAGGGUCGCCUGCUGCAGAAACUCUUCGAGGAUUACACCAAGGCGGUCCUUCCCAUUCGCAGGAUCACUGACAGAGUCCCUGUGAGAAUUGGCAUGUCCCUCUCACAGCUCAUCAGCCUGAAAGAAAAAGACGAAGAACUGACUACAAAAGUCUAUCUGGAUAUGACGUGGACAGACUAUCGCCUCACCUGGAUUCCUGACGACUAUGAGGGCAUCACCUCCAUAAGGACUUUCGCUGACAAUGUCUGGCUCCCAGAUAUAGGCCUUACCAACACUAAUGAUGGUACAUUUGAAAUUGCUCUGGCAGUGAAUGUCCUUGUGAGCUACAAUGGAAUAGUCCGCUGGCAACCGCCGGCCGUUUAUCAAAGCAGCUGCAGUAUCCAGGUGACCUACUUCCCAUUCGACUGGCAGAACUGUACAAUGACCUUCCGUUCGUACUCUUACGACGCUUCGGAAAUCACCCUUCUGCACCCGCUCGACGAGAAUGGGAUGGAGGUGAAGGAGAUCAUCGUAUAUGAGAACACAUUUAUAGACAACGGGCAAUGGGAGAUCUGGCACAAACCGUCCCGUAAGAACACGCUCCCGCGUGACCCGCUCUACGAGGACAUCACCUUUUACCUCAUCAUAUGCCGGAAGCCUCUCUUCUACGUCAUCAACGUUAUCAUUCCUUGCAUCUUGAUUACAAUCCUCGCCAUCUUUGUCUUCUAUCUCCCACCAGAUGCCGGUGAGAAGGUGAACCUCUCCAUCUUUGCCCUCCUCACCCUCACCAUCUUCCUGCUCCUGCUGGCCGGCAAAGUGCCUGAGACGUCCUUGGCGGUCCCCAUCAUCAUCAAGUACCUUAUGUUCACCAUGAUCCUCGUGACCUUCUCUGUCAUCCUCAGCGUGGUGGUCCUCAACUUGCACCAUCGCUCACCCAACACUCAUGAGAUGCCCUUCUGGGUGAGGAAGAUUUUUAUCCACAAGCUCCCUUGGUAUUUGGGCCUGCGACGCCCAAAGCCAGAGACCAUCCUGAAACCCACCCCCUUGCACCCCAAGCAAGAGCUCACCGUGAAAAGCAACCGCCGCACUGACGAAUAUUUCAUCCGCACCCCUGCCUGCGAUUCUCUGUUCCCCAAAUCCAACAGAUUUCAGCCGGAGGCAUUCCCCACAGAUAUGAAAAAAUUCGUUGAUGGCCCCAGUCACUGCAUUGCUCUCCCGCCAGAACUGAAGUCUGCCAUGGAUGCCAUCACGUACAUAGCGGAACAACUACAGGAGCAAGAGGACUAUGAUGCGCUCAAGGAAGACUGGGAAUACGUCGCCAUGGUGGUGGACCGCCUUUUCUUCUGGACCUUCAUCAUCUUCACCACCGUUGGGACCCUCAGCAUCUUCCUAGAUGCCAGGUCCCACCUGACCCCCGACCAGGCUUUCCCAUGAACCCUCAGCCUCCUGCACCACCCCAGAAGAUGCCAGCUGGUCCUUCCACAAUGGAGACCUACGGAAAGGUUACAUCCCACCAGUGGAGCUGCAAAACACAAAGAAUGUGGUCGUGUCUGUGUCUGCCUCUCUCUAGAGCAGAUGCAGGGAGCCUCAGGCUUGGGGGCCAAGUGUGGCCCUCCAGAGCCCUCUCUCUGGCCCUUAAGACUCUCCAUAGGCAACAUCUCCUCUCCAGGCCACCCCUUUCUUUUCAGGCGUAGAAACUUCUGAUUUUUGCAUGGCUGGAAUGUACCCUACUGUUCAAAAUAAGAGUCACGUUCAUUGCUCUACCCACUUUUUUUUACCUCUGGCCCCAUCUACCUCUGGUAUGCGGCCCCUGCAAGAUUGCCCACCAUGGAAUGUGGCCCUCAACCUGAAGAAAGUUGCCUUCCCCUGCUCUAGAGUCACAUAUCUACUACCCAAUCGUAUGCAUGUUUACUUGGAAAUGAGCCCUGGUGGGUUCAGUGGGGCUUCCUUGCAAGUUAAGUCUGUAUAGGAUUGUAGCCUUUGUGUCCGUGGCUUGCUUUGGAUUUGAAUCCGGGUUCUGGAUGAGUGGUCUGCAUUUGCCCCUACUGCAUCCCCCCUUUUUUGCAAGCAAUAAAGGCCUCAGGACCCAUAGAGUUCCUAUUAA